UGAUGAACGAAGUUUGUUUUCCAGAAAUUUCAAGUGGUUUGGAAAAUAAUAAUAAGAACAACAAACUUCGGAAAAAGCUUUUCAACUAAAUAAAAGAAUCUGCAUUUGCCAUUUCUGGAGCAAAUGUAUCUUUCAAUAAAACAAUAGUAAUCAGCUUAAUCACCCAUGGUGGCACUGGCGGUAAAUCCUGAAAAUGUAGCCUGGUCCUGGACCUAUGCUAUAUAUAAGAGCAAUAAGGCAAUGGCUACUCUGUGUUGCUAUUUCUUAUACCGUGGCUUCUUCUCCUUCACAUUUAAAAUUGUCAGCCAAUGAUCAUGAAUCAAGGAGCCUUGCUAGCUAGAUCGACGACGUUGAUAAAGAGUCCUUUAACGAACUCCAGACAUUAAUUAAUUUAGUUCCAAAUUAAUAAUAAUUUCAGAUAAAAUAAGAAUUAUCAAAUAAAAUUAAAUACUAUUAAUUUUUACAUAUAUAUAUAAUUCUUUAUGACGACUAUAGAUUCGGUGAAUCUCUUGUUGAUUGAAUUGGAGAAAGGCCUGCGUUUUAAAUUCAGUUCUUUAGGGCUGAUAGUGACUCGAUUUUCCAUUGUUUUAGGUCAUAGACAAUGACUUUUUCUUACUAGGUUACAGAUGAUGACUUAUUCAUCUGCUGAGUAGGUUACAGAUGAUGACUGAUUGAAACUAAUCUCUUAUAAGUUAAUUACUGAAACUUCGUCGUUUUUGGCAAACGAAACUUUUGCCAUCCGCUAUUAAAAAGUAAUAAAUACAUAGAUGUCCCAUUUGGAUGUAUUGAACAUUUUAUUUUAAUUUUUAUUGCAAAAUAUUUCUUUACCGGAUUGCCUCUACUUGUUGGCUGUUGCUUUGGUCCAUUUAUCUGGCCGGUUGUUAUUUAGUACUAAUGAUAAGAAUUAACCAAAUUUUGGCACAAAGUUUUUCCCUAAAUAUUUGCUAAAUAACCUGUAAUUUUCUGCAUAUAUGGCUUCUAGGGAUCUUUCUCUCAAGAAAUGGCUACCACCAAGAUAUCUUUUCGCUCUAGCUCUUGUCUUGGAUGUAAUUCCAUGCAAUUAUGCAUAUAUUCUUAGCACUUGCAAGUUUGAUGCCAUAUAUCAGCUUGGGGAUUCGAUUGCAGAUACCGGUAAUUAUAUUCAAGAGGACCCUUCAUCUGUAUGUGCCAGGCUACCCUAUGGCGAAACCUUCUUCAAGAAGGCAACUGGUAGAUGCUCCAAUGGCUUGUUAAUGAUUGAUUAUCUGGCACUAUCUGCUGAAAUUCCUUUUCUUGACGCCUACUUAAACAAAGAUGGGUUAUUUGAUCAUGGAGUUAACUUCGCGUUUGCCGGAGCUACUGCCUUGUCUGUGGAAGUUCUAUCAAAGAGAAAUAGUUCCUAUGUGCCCACCAACAAAUCUCUGAGUAAUCAACUUGACUGGAUGUUUAGCUAUUUCGAUAGAACUUGUCGCUAUGACAAAGAUUGUUUCAAGAAAAAUGGAAGAGCUCUUUUCAUGGUUGGGGAGAUAGGAGGAAAUGACUAUAACUAUGCCUUUCAGAUUGGAAAUUUAUCCUUAGAGGAGGUUAUGGCCAUGGUGCCCGAGGUAGUUCAAGCCAUAAAAUACGCUGUCAAAAGAGUUAUAGGAUAUGGUGCUACUCGGCUAGUUGUCCCUGGAAACUUCCCCAUUGGCUGCUUUCCUGUAUAUCUCACUAAAUUUCAAACAAAUGAUACUACUGCUUAUGAUGACCUUCAUUGCCUAAAGUAUUUGAAUAAUUUUUCAAUUUAUCAUAACGAUCUUCUCCAACAAGCCAUCGAGGAGCUAAAACAAGAACAUCCCAAUGUUAUCAUUGUCUAUGGUAACUAUUACAAUGCGUUCCAGUGGCUUUUGAGCAAGGCUAAUCUGCUUGGUUUUGAUCCGACGUCAGUACAAAAAGCUUGUUGUGGGAUUGGAGGCAAAUACAACUUUGACCCUUCAAGAUGGUGUGCAAAAUAUCCUGAAGUAACAGCCUGUAUAAACCCUGAUGAACGACUGAGUUGGGAUGGAGUUCAUUUGACGCAAAGGGCCUACGAAUUAAUGGCAGCUUGGCUCAUCCGCGACAUCUAUCCGAAACUGCAAUGCGAACACGCUGUUUUGUACAGUUCUGCUGUCUAGUUUCAGACAAAGAACUUGUGGUGUGUAGGUUAUGCUUCAAACUCUUUGUUAUUGAAACAUUCUUCUUAUGGUCGGUCAAGAUUUGAUUUUCUGCUUCA